UCAAACACACACUUGCAGGGCUAUAAAACGGCAGUCUCUCCUCUGGAUGCAUCAGAAAUCGUUUGCUAGCAGCAAAGGCAAUAAACUCAGUUUCUAAAUCUUACAAAAACUAAUUCCAAAAACAAAAAUGGGUUGCAAGGCUUGCGGAACAAACUGCCAGUGCUCGGCCACCAAGUGCGGCGACAACUGCGCCUGCAGCCAGCAAUGUCAAUGCGCCUGCAAGAACGGACCCAAGGAUAAGUGUUGUUCCACCAAGAACUAAUAAGGAAUACAUCAGAUUCUCUGGCAUACACAGUGAUUCGUUGGCAUUUAAAAAUAUGUAAACUUUCGGAAUAAACUUUAUGGAUUAAUAAAAAAAAACUUUAUUUUUUAGUUUUAAAAUCAAA